CAAUUUAAAAAAAUAUUAAAGAGAAAAGUAGAUUCAAAUAAAGUGGUCUAUAUUUCAAAUUGCAAAAUGUGUUGGAUCUCAAUGAGCCAGUCAAGAUUCAUUAUAAAGUCUUUAUUUAGCACAGCAGGAGGUUUCUUACUUGGAUCUGCUCUCUCAAAUCCGCCGUCUCUAGCCACCGCGUUUUCUUCUUCUUCCUCGUCCUCCUCCGCCGCCGCCGCCGUCGACAUGGAAACUCACAAAACCAAGGUUUGCAUCGUCGGAAGUGGACCAGCAGCACACACGGCGGCGAUCUAUGCAUCGAGAGCGGAGCUUAAGCCUCUUCUCUUCGAAGGAUGGAUGGCUAACGACAUCGCUCCCGGCGGUCAAUUAACUACAACAACCGACGUCGAAAACUUCCCUGGGUUCCCUGAAGGUAUUCUCGGUAUUGAUAUCGUUGAGAAAUUCAGAAAACAAUCGGAGAGAUUUGGAACUACGAUCUUCACGGAAACUGUUAACAAAGUUGAUUUCUCAUCGAAACCGUUUAAGCUAUUCACUGAUUCGAGAACUGUUCUCGCUGAUUCUGUAAUCAUUUCUACUGGAGCUGUUGCUAAACGUCUUAGCUUCACUGGAUCUGGUGAAGGUAAUGGUGGUUUUUGGAAUCGUGGUAUCUCCGCUUGUGCUGUUUGCGACGGAGCUGCUCCGAUUUUUAGGAAUAAGCCUCUUGUGGUUAUUGGUGGUGGUGAUUCAGCUAUGGAGGAAGCGAAUUUUCUGACUAAGUAUGGAUCUAAGGUUUAUAUUAUUCAUAGGAGGGAUACGUUUAGGGCGUCUAAGAUUAUGCAGCAGAGAGCUUUGUCUAACCCUAAGAUUGAAGUGAUUUGGAACUCUGCCGUGGUUGAGGCGUAUGGUGAUGAAAAUGGACGUGUUCUUGGAGGAUUGAAGGUGAAGAAUGUUGUUACUGGGGAUGUUUCAGAUCUGAAGGUGUCUGGAUUGUUCUUUGCUAUUGGUCAUGAGCCAGCUACGAAGUUUUUGGAUGGGCAGCUUGAGCUUGAUGAAGAUGGUUAUGUUGUGACCAAGCCAGGUACUACUAAGACGAGCGUGGUUGGUGUAUUUGCUGCUGGAGAUGUUCAAGACAAGAAGUAUAGACAGGCCAUCACUGCUGCAGGAACUGGAUAAUUGUUGAUUGAUCUGUUCAAAAAGAGGCGGGUUAUCGAAAGUUGGUAGCUUUUUAUGACGAGACCCUUUCAUGUUAUCAAAGUGGCUGGCUUUUGUAUAUCAUUUGAUUCAUUUUACAAAAGUAUAUGAGGCAUGCUUUUGGUUGGAUAUGUGUUUGCUGUAUGUGUUGUGCCUUCGUUUGAGGUUAAAGGCUAUCUACGUUCUCAUUCGCAUACUCUUUAUAAGACUAGUAGUGGUCAUUACCAUUUUACCAAGUACGUGUCUUGAUAGCCUGCAAGGGAAAUUGAACUGUUUCAAGUGUCUCGUUAUAAGAUCUGUAAUCUAAAUGUUCUCUUGCUACGAUGAAAAAGCCUGACAUAUUUAGCUAUUUAGCUAUUUACACUUGCAUCGUGUGUGUGUGUGUUCGUUGAACUCUGCUGAUAACUAACGCUGAAAUCAGAUUGUUCUCGCCACUCUAAAGUGAUUUCAUGUUUACUUCAAAUGUUUCUCAUCUGUUUUUUUGGUUUCAUGAAUCAAAAGUUCAACUUUCAUAAACAACUUUAUGGAUGGUGCAGGGUGCAUGGCGGCAUUGGAUGCAGAGCAUUACUUACAAGAGAUUGGAUCUCAGGAGGGUAAGAGUGAUUGAAGAAGCUGUAGGAGAAGGAUCCAUGAUAAAAUCACUCUCUCUCCACCUUAUUUGCUUUGCCAUUUUUAUAACCAAUAAAGGAUCAGAUUGAUCUCAUACAGACAAAUCUGAAUAGAAUUUUGUUAUUUGCAUUUGUUUGCAGUUGGAUUUUGUGCCAAGUUGUAAACUCUUUAGUUGUCACAGCUUCCACCAAAUUCAUCUUUUAAGAUUUGUUCCUCAGGUGAGAGGACUUUUUCAUACUUUAAUUCUCUUUUUAUUUGAUUAUGUAAUCACAAUUAAAAGUGGCAUAUAUGGAUUGGAGUUUCUAGAGCUCAAGAAAUAUACGAAACACUAGAUUUUAACCCGCGGUACACCGCGGAACUAUUUAUUUUAUUAAAAGUAA